CUGACUGUGGAGCGGAGCGCGAGCGGCGAGCGGCGGCCGGCGGUGUCGGCGACGCGCGAGGCGCUCCUUAAGAGUGAAAGUCUGCGAAAUGAUCGGCGCUCCGUGCGAUACAAUCAGUUGGAGCGAGCGCGACACGCGGCCGAGCGACACUCGCCCUUACGGACCGCAGUGUAUGCGAGGCUCGGCGCGCUCCGAACUCCGGUCUCCGAGGUCAUUGCCGCGUCGCCCGCGGACCAAUCCGGAGCGCGCGCAGACGAGCGAGCGGCGCCAUUGGAGGGACCGGAGCCCCGCGCCUCGCCACCCGCCGAGUUCGAAGACCCGAACCUUGCGGGCGCUCCGCGGCCAAGGUCGCGCGAGAGCGGGCGCGCCUGA